AUGGCCACUGCGCCACAUCCUGCGCCUGUGAAGCAAAUGGAGGCACUCUUAGAGUGUUCCAUGUGCAUAGAGACGAUAACUGAACCGCGGACCUUGUCGUGCUUUCAUUCGUUCUGUAAACAUUGCUUGGCAAAAUUUGUAGCGACUCAGAAAGAGGCUGUCGAGAAAGGAGCCAAAGUACCAGAAGUCUUCGAAUGUCCAGUAUGCCGAACCAAGUUUCGCGUCAAAGAAGGAGAAAGCAUCGAGAAGAUGCCAUCAAACCAUUUCAUCAACAGCCUGUUGGACUGAAUUGCUUGCUUUGACGCAGCAAGACCAAAGCAUUAAAUGCCAGUCGUGUAAAGCUCGAAAUCCUGCUGUCAGUAGAUGUGUGUCGUGUGAAGCUUACCUUUGUGAAACACAUAACAACUGGCCUGCCUUUCAAGACCAUGUCGUGUUGACGUUGGAAGAAUUAGCAAAGCCGGUCAAUCGAGCGAAAGCAAGAGGCAAACCUCGUUGCGAUAAACACAAGAAAGUUCUCAUGACAAGUUUUACUGUGAAACGUGCAAAGUCCUCGUUUGCCGGUACUGUGUCGACGUUAAUCAUCCACGACCAGAGCAUCUGUGGUCCCUUUGACAGACGUUGUUGGUCAACACAAGGAAGCAUUGAAGGCGUCGUGCGCCAUCUUCGAACAGCAAGCGAACGAUGCUGCUCAAAGCAGUCUGAAGAUAGAAGAUGCCAUGGCGACCCUGAGAAAUAACGCAACGAAAACCAAAGACGCCAUCAUGCAGCAACAACAGGAAAUCCUGAGCGCGUUUACCAAGAAACUCGAGCAGGAAACGGCGGUCUUGCCUGACCAAGUCGACAUAAAAUACAAACAAGCCAACGAGCCGCUGGUGCAACAACAAGCUGACGUGAAAGAUUGUUUGAAAAAAGCAAAAAGCUCGCUUGAAUUUGCCAACAAUAUCAUCUCCAGUGGUAGCGAUGAGGAUAUCCUUUCCUUCAAACAAGUUAUAUUUAUGAAAAGGUUGGACGUAUUGAAAAUGAACGACCGCAAUUCGUGGAACCAGUUCACGAUGGUACGAUAAGAUAUGAAGCGAAACUGAGCAAAGACGUCCUGGAGAAUAACUUGGGAAAAGUCGGUAUGUUACUGUACAGUACGGGGUAUCUCCAACUUGGUGUAUACUAGGCGUAUAAACGUACUUAAUUGAGACUAAACUUACGACGCCCUCCAAGGGCGUCGCCAGGGAGGGGACUGGGGGGACGUGCCCCCCAGUUAUUUUUAUAACCAACCUUGAGAUUGUUCUAAAUCUCAUGGGGGGGGGGGGGACGAUCAUUCAAAAUGCUAGUUGAUAUCAGUAUAGAAACGUUGGAGAUAAUCGAUAAGCUAAGAACAGAAAGUUGCCUUUGUGAAAUACUGGAAUGUGUGCCCAAUUAAUCAUCAACAAUUGGUGUUUAGCAGCCUGUACAACCUUUGUUGUUGGAACAAAUCUCCGAUACGUGGCUUUUAGAUUAUCAAUAUACCUGCCUUGAAAUGCUGAAAAUAGCGUUUAGAAAACCUAGGAAUAAAAAAAAUUUUCGAUGGUAUGCCCCAAAAUCCCCACAUAUAUCAUCAUAGAAUUAGAAAUAUCACCUCUUGGAUACCAACCGUGUCCCCCCCCCCAGCUUCAACAACCUGUCAAUAAACGAUUCUGUUAACUGUUAAUAAUCCUGGUAAAAUCAGUAAACUCGUCGACCAAAGCUCUUUGCUACCAUUCGUGAUAGAUUGCUCUUUUCCCUUGCUGUGCAACGUUGUUCACGUGAAAACGCGUGACGAAAACCUCACAGAAUUUUGCCGCACACAGGGGAAUUUUGUUUACGACAAUUGGCACGAGUGACUGUCAGCUCAGUAGACUCUCGUGUGCGGCAGACAGAAGAUGCAACGGAGCUUUUUGUGAGGGGAUAACUUCACCGAUCUCGUUUUUUACCUUAUUUUAUAGUUUCUCCACUUUCAAAGCAACGAGAGUUACAGAGAGCAAAGCAAGAAGAGUCGCUGAAAGAUAAGCAAGAAGGGCAGUUGAUGAUGGCGAAGCUAAAAGUAGACUCACUGAAAACAAAGCGAGGAGAAGAUUUAAUCAAAGCAAGAUAG